AUGGAAGAUAGUGCAGGAAACCUGGGAGUUUCGGCUGAGGUCUUGUUUGUAAAAGAAGAAAUUGUCAGUAGUUCCAGCGAAGACCUCCCUGCGGAAGAAUGGUCCUCGCUUAUUAUAGCGAAUCCAUUUUCGAGUGUGAACCCGAAAAAAAGAUUACAAGAAGAAGGCCUGUACGACCCAGGUAGCGGAGAAAUGUGUACAAAGUACCUACGGAUGUCAGACAGCUCUGUGUUCAGACAUCCAUAUUAUAAUUAUCCAGCCGUUUUGGACCCAGGUAUCAAAAUCGCACUAUUGAACCCUGAACCAGAGCGUCCUCCCUACCCAGAUGACGGAUACGAUCUGUACAUGGAUCUUUGUAAGGAACAUAAUAUUUGUCCCGUAAACCUUUUCUAUUCGAAUCUACAGGCCCCUGAAAUAAAUUUAAAAUAUUACUGUGCUGGGUCUGCAAACGUUAGAAUGAUGGCGAUGGCGUUGGAGCGCAACAACUUCGUUAAACGUUUUGAACUCACUGACAAUCACCUUAACAUAGACGCUUGCUACCAUUUAGGACAAAUGAUCAAAAAUAAUACUACUCUAGAAGAAUUAAUUAUGGAUGGAUGUAAAAUUAGGGAAGUGGGGCUACGUAACCUAACCGCUUAUAUGACUUCUAAUAUUACUAUUAAAACAUUCAGCCUAGCUCGAAAUGAUCUCAGCGACGAUGGUGGUGAGCUAUUUGUAAGACUCAUUGCUGCAGGCGCUAGGUUCAGUAGGGUCAAUUUGAGAUACAACGGUUUGGGAAUGAAUACUGUGACGGCAUUACAUGAAGCCCUACAAAUUCAUAAUAUUAUAACACAUUUAGAUCUUUCAUGGAAUCCUCUUGUUCACGUGGGAUCUGUAGUAAAGUUUUUAAAGACUCUAGCAGAAACAAGCGAAACACUUCAAGAGCUAAAUCUCUCUUACGCGGGAUUCAGCAGCGAACGCGUGGCAGAAGCUAUCGCCGAAGUAACAACCAUAAAACAAUUAAAAAUUUUGGACUUAAAAGGCAACAAAUUGAACGACGAAUGCGCACCGAUUCUUGUAUCGAAUCUUCUAAACUCUAAGCUACACACUUAUGAUCUUUCAGACAACGAAUUUACUCCUUCUGGCGCCUGUAAAAUAUUACUCCCAUUAACAAAACCGAAGGUGUGUUUGAAAAACUUGUUCCUCGACAACAUUUGUGUCAAUAGAACUUUCAUGGGCAUUCUAGAAAAGGUAAGGAGGUUGAAAGUUCGUAAGAAUUUUGUAGUGACAUUCGAUAAAGUUUUGCACGACUGGAUUGCUAUUGGAGACGAUCCUAGAACAUUAAUAUUGAAACGUGGUGAAUACAUGGGAAAAAUGAAGAAGAAAGACCCUACGAAUGUUCCGUUGUUCCUGUUGUCAUUGAGUUACGCCGCUGACUACAUCAGAGCAAAGGAGGUCAUCGUGAUGAUGAAAGAUAAAAAAAUACCAACUAAUGACGACUGGGUAGAUGGAUUGAUCAAAGCAUUUCCUGGACCGAUAGUAGACAAAAAACCCACUGUGGACUCUGAAAAGAUGCGGGAAUAUAUCAGGCGGUUGUGGCCAGAUGAGAAGCUGCCCCCAGACUGGACACCGCCUGUUAUGAUUAGAGUGGACGUAAAGAACAAGAAGGUAGUUAAAAAAAGUAAUACUGCUUUACCCGUCGAAAAGAAAAAAAAGAAGAAAUAG